ACUCAGCACUCUGGCAGCAGCUAUUUGAAUUGCGGCAUGGUUGUGAUCCCCCCUCAAUCGAUACGGUAUCCUACGUAUAGAUACGCCUGAGAUCAAAGAUCCCGGAUUGCAGAUAUUCAGUAGUAACACUCACAAGACGCUUUCCGACUCCGGUUGGUCCGAGUCGCACUCCAACGACGAUGGUCCUUUCUCUCUAGCUUUCCACCUGCAAACCGCUCAGGUGAAGGCCCAAGAAGUGCACUCCCACGCCGAACCAACGCUUCGGUUUCUUAUAAGCGAACGCUUAGUCCUCGAUGAUGUCUCUAUCAAGAUACCCUUAGAUCAGCUCUUGUUAUGGCCAAAGUGCCGGAAAGGUGUGAUUCGGAACAUGACUGUGAUGCACAGCUUCUCCAUUGAUACCCAGUGGCGUCGCCAAUUGAGUAUCAGUGUUAUCACGAUGGGAAACAGGGUCCCGGCAUAUAAGCCGAAAUCUUUGCAAUCCACCAGCAUGACGUGGCAACCUCAACGCACCUAUCAAGAAUGUGACGCAAUUCUUUGUGCGCCGGGUAUGCCCCAUGAGAUUGAAACACGAGUUAUCGAGGGUCGUGUGCAAAAGGUGUACAAGAAUUUAUGGAAGUCGGUUCGUGAUCUUCUGGUGGAGAGCGCAAGCCUUCACUAUGACAUGCCAUAUAUUGUAUAUGGCAAUCGUCGGCUCACCUAUGGGGAGGUGCUGGUACUCUCGAAGAAGACUGCAGCUGUCUUCAGAGACUCGUACAACGUCGGAAAAGGAGACAGAGUAGCUAUCUGUUCCCAGAAUAAUCCCGAGUACCUCAUUGCGUUCUGGGCAUGCCAGUUCCUAGGCGCCGUCGCGGUGCUGAUCAAUGCUUCGUUGCCUUUCGACCCGUUAUUGCACUGCUUCCAACACACAGCGAGUACACUAAUCCUUGUGGACGGCGAACGAGCGGCGCGAUUGCUACCAGCCAUAACGACUUUAAGAUCUUUGGGCGCACAGGCUAUUAUUAUCUUGGAUCAAACAGAACCGGCCCCCAGACUUUCGGACUUGCGAAGCUGGCAAGAUGUCCAAGCAUCAUACCAGGAACAUAAUGGCUCAUUUGCAUUCCCGGCUGUUGAGCCAGAGGAUAACUGCCUUAUCAUGUUUACGUCGGGAACGACUGGUAUGCCGAAGGGAGUACUCAGCACGCAGCGUCAAUUUCUGACAAACAUAAGGAAUGCAUCAGUCGCGUCUUCGCGCGCGACUUUGCGCCGUGGUGGUAGCCUUACCCCACCCCCCAAAGGGCCGCAGAAGGGCAUGCUUGUGGCGGUUCCGCUUUUCCACGUCUCGGGGUGCACUAGUUUCUCUAUGAUGGCUACUGCAGCUGGGAUGAAGAUAGUAUUAACCGCAAAGUGGGACAUAAGUGAAGCCGUCAGGCUGAUGAGGACAGAAAAUAUUCGUGCUGGAGGAGGCGUGCCUGCAAUGGUUUCUGAUCUAUUGCAGAGCCCGUUGGCUGGCCAACACCCCUUGGAGUUCUUCCUGUUUGGUGGAGCGCCGUCUGCGGACUUUCUGGUGGGACGGGCCAAAAUAGCUUUUCCGGAUGCAAUCCUCACACAUGCAUUUGGCUCCACCGAGACCAAUGCCGUUGCAGUCUCCAUCGCAGGAGAGGAUUAUGAACUGAGGCCAUCAUCGACCGGGAUCCCGUGUCCUGUGAACGACAUGAUAAUCGUUGAUGAGAGCAGGAAGGUGGUCCCACACGGCGUAAGAGGUGAAGUUUGGUUACGGGGGCCCAACGUCAUAACGUGCUAUUGGAAUGAUACCGAUGCGACAAACAAGAGUCUGACCAAAGACGGAUGGUUUAAGACGGGCGACAUCGGAGUUAUCGAUUCGGGCGGAUUUUUAUAUAUCAAAGAUCGAAUCAAAGACAUCAUCAUUCGUGGUGGCGAGAAUAUUGACUCGGUGAGCGUUGAGAAUGCAAUUUACUUGGACGAUCGUAUAUCGGAGGUUGCCGCGGUCGGUGUUCCUGAUGAACGUCUUGGAGAAUUGGUAGUUGCCAUAGUAUCUGUGAAGUCCGCUUUCCGUGGCAUGGUAAAAGAGUCGGAAAUCAUUGAGCAGUGCCAGAGAAGGCUUCCGAGAUACGCGAUUCCAGUCAUGGUACUGAUCUGCGAUCGCCCUUUCGAGCUCACCCCAUCGGGGAAGAUCAUGAAACCACCCCUUCGGGAGUUCGCGCGAAGGGAAUGGGAAAGUCGAGUAAAGCGAGGACAUACUGCCUCCUCAGCCCGACUAUGAUCAUACCGUUAUAGGAGUAGGAUAUCAUACAUGUACACUAGCAGCAUUCCUCCAUUCGAAUCUUACUCGCUUGCCAAGCC